GGAUACGAAGUGUCAUCGGUUUAUUUGCCUUUCUUUUCGCAAGAGAGAGCGUACGCCAGAAAAGGGGAUCUCUGAAGCGCUGUUGAUAGUAUUAUCGUCGUGUGAAUCGAUAAAAUUCUGAGGCAGUCAGCAGCACCGGAAACGCUCCAUUUGGUUAACCAUGUUCAUUCAAGAAAUUGUCAUUGAUGGUUUCAAGUCCUACGCUCGUCGAACAGUCGUGGAGGGUUUCGAUCCUCACUUCAACGCCAUUACCGGCUUGAACGGGUCUGGUAAAUCCAACAUUCUCGACGCCAUUUGCUUCGUGCUCGGUAUAACGAACCUGUCCCAGGUACGCGCCGGAAAUCUUUCCGAGCUCGUCUACAAACAAGGACAGGCUGGAGUAAACAAAGCCACCGUUACGAUCAUUUUCAACAACGAGGACGAAUCUUCCAGUCCAGUAGGUUACGAGCAAUGCCCUCAGGUUACCGUCACACGCCAGGUUUUGAUCGGCGGCAAGAGCAAAUAUCUCAUUAAUGGACGCAAUGCCCCCGCGAAUCAGGUACAGAAUCUUUUCCAUUCGGUACAGCUCAACGUGAACAAUCCCCACUUCCUCAUUAUGCAAGGACGCAUCACCAAGGUCUUGAAUAUGAAGCCGCACGAAAUUCUCGGUAUGGUCGAAGAAGCUGCCGGUACCCGCAUGUAUGAAACGAAACGCGUCGGUGCCUUGAAAACGAUUGAGAAAAAGCAGCUCAAGCUGGAUGAACUCAACGCAGUUCUAGCCGAAGAAAUUACACCCACUUUGGAACGAUUGAGGGGCGAAAAACAAUCCUACCUUAAAUGGAGCAAGAACAACGCUGACAUGGAGCGUAUUGAACGUUUCGUCAUUGCCAAUGAAUUCAUGCAGGCACAGAAGGCUUUGGAUAAUAACACAGAAGGCUCCGCCGAAAUGGAAGAGCAGGUUGCCAUUCUAGACGACAAGACUUCGCAAAUUCGAGAACUCAUUGUUGCCAAGGAACGCGAGAUUGAAGAGCGCUCGUCCUCCCUCAAAGGAGAGUUUGAGAAUUCACAUAACGAAGCAAAAGUUUUGGAAGAGCAGCGCUCCAAAGAUCUCGUCAAAAUAACUUCCUCCUGGAAAAAUGCAAAGACCAAUGUUACCAAGGCAGAGAGCGACCUGGACGCGGCGCGAAGUCUCGUCACUGAAACGAAACAAGCGGUAGUUGCCAAGGAAAGCGACAUCGCUACUGAAUCGCAGAGCAUUGAACACAAGAUUCUGGCUGCCAAAGAGGCUGAGGAACGACUUGCACGGCUAACUCUGGACUACCAGAACAUGUCGGCCGGUAUCAGUUCCACAGAAGGAGACGAAGGCCGUACAUUACCGGAACAGAUAAGCAAGGCGCACAGCGAUUCAAAGUCAGCCGAGGCAAAGGUGCAGCAAGCCAGCAUGAAGAUGAAGCACUUGUCAAAAGAGUUGAAGCUGGUCGAGAAAGACCUCCAAAAGGAAGGGAAAACUGCUGAAAAGAUGGCCCAGAAGCGUGCAGUAGCAGCUCACAAAGUAGAGGAUUGCCGUGGCAAGCUUAAAGAUAUGGGCUUUUCGCCGGAAGAGUUCAAUGCUCUGGAUCAAGAAAAGACAGACCUGGAAAUUACCGUCUCGGAGUUGUCGGAGCGCGUUGACACGCUUUCCGCACAGCUUGAAGGGAGGCUCCGUUUCAAAUAUUCCGAUCCCGUGCGUGGGUUUGAUCGUAGCAAGGUCAAGGGGCUUGUGGCAAAGCUCAUCGAAGUGAAGGAUCACAAGAAUGCUACUGCUUUGGAGGUUGUUGCCGGUGGAAAGCUGUAUCAAGUCGUGGUCGACGAAGCAAUUACUGGUAAAGCGCUUUUGGACCGCGGCAAGUUAGAGCGACGUGUGACCAUCAUCCCACUGGACAAGAUCAAGCCGCGUAAUGUUAGUCACACUGCUUCGGAACUAGCCAAUGAUAUUUCCCAGUCGCUCGAUUCGAGGGCUUCUCCGGCAAUCGAAUUAGUUGGUUUCGAUGAAGAGGUUCGUAGUGCCGUUGAGUACGUCUUUGGCUCAACUAUUGUGGUCGACGGCAUGAAAGCUGCAAACGCUAUCUGCGAUGCAACAAAAACACGGACCGUUACCUUGGAAGGCGACGUUUACGAUCCGUCGGGGACUAUAUCUGGUGGCUCCAACAACCAAUUGGGGACAACUCUAGUCAAGCUCACUGAACUAACUCAAGUGACAAGUAAGCUCGACGAAAAGCGCUCGCUCCUUGCUUCUAUAUCGAUGAAAGUGAAGUCUAUGGCUACGCAUGCUUCUUCCUACGACAAGCUCAGCGCAACUUUGGAGCUAGCAGAGGCGGAACUGAGCAAUAUCGAUAAGCAUCUGUCACAGACUAGCUUUGGUAUGCUGGUUGAGCAGCGUGAUUCUAUGGCUGCCGAACUGGAAGCGGCCCAGAACGAGUCGAUUGAAAUGGAAGAGGAGAAAGAAAAAAAGUGGACACUCUUUGUCAAUCUCCAGGCACAAGAAGCUGAAUUGACCGAGCGUCGAGAACAACGCUUAGCUGAGAUUGAUCAAGCGGUCAAAGAUGCAAAAGCUGACACUGUUGAGAAAGGGCGCAUCGCUCGACAGGCGGACUCAAAAUCUCAAACAUUUUCUUUGGAACUCGAUAGUCUCCAAGCUGAGGUCGCAGCAGCAGAGGAAGCCGUUUCAGUAGCGGAGCAACUACUUGAUGAGGCCACGGGUGACGAAUCGAAGGUACAAAUGAAAGUUGGAGAAGUUCGCGCGCUGUACGAAGAAGCGAAGAAAGAGUUGGAUGAACUUGACGGCCGCCUAAAUUUAUACUCUGCCAAGCUUGUGGAGCUCAAACGCGCCAAGAGCUAUCUCGUCAAAGAAGCCGAAGUGGCAACCUUGGAAGCCAAGAAAUUGUCCGUGACUAUCACUCGGAUUCACAAGGAACGAAGUGGGGCGGAAAAGCUUGUUGCCACAUUGAUGAAAAAGUAUGCUUGGAUCGACAGCGAAAAGAGCGCUUUCGGGGUGCCCGGGGGAGACUACGACUUCGAAGAAACAAACCCGCGCCAUGUUGGGCAACAGCUACAGUCUCUCAAAGCCGAACAGGAAUCCUUGUCCAAGAAAAUCAAUAAGAAAGUUAUGGGAAUGAUUGAGAAAGCAGAAGGGGAAUACACUGAGCUUUUGCGAAAGCGGAAGGUGGUCGAGAACGACAAGAAGAAGAUACAGGCCGUCAUUGAGGAAUUGGACGUUAAAAAAAAAUCGGAACUCGAGCGUACUUGGGUCAAGGUCAAUCGGGAUUUUGGAUCCAUAUUUUCGACACUGUUGCCCGGCGCUUUUGCGAAACUUGAACCUCCGGAUGGCAUGAAAGCCUGGGAGGGUCUCGAAGUGAAGGUGGCUUUCGGUGACGUCUGGAAAGACAGUCUGAGCGAACUCAGUGGUGGACAGCGGUCUCUAUUGGCUUUGUCCCUAAUUCUGUCAUUGCUACUUUUCAAGCCUGCCCCAAUGUACAUUCUUGAUGAAGUCGAUGCCGCUCUGGAUUUGAGUCAUACCCAGAACAUCGGAAAUAUGUUGAAAACCCACUUUUCGCAGAGUCAGUUCGUUGUCGUGUCGCUGAAAGAAGGCAUGUUCAACAAUGCCAAUGUCAUUUUCAGAACGAAGUUUGUGGACGGGAUUUCUACGGUUACUAGAACAAUUGGAAUUGGGUCCAGCCGCAAUCGUGCCUUAGCCGAAUCUGACAACGCCGACUCCACCAAUACUUCUGAAAAAGGACGAACAGAGCAGUCAAGGAGAAUUGGCAAAGAAAAUACUGUAGUUUAAGGGUUUUGUCGACAGCUCACAGUCCAGCAUAAUUGUAGUGCUGUUU